ACCAUUCAUUCCACCCAUAUUGUAUCUUUUCUUGACCACCAUUUCGUUUCAAGGAAGGUAGGGCAUGAUAAGUUGUCGAAAUUACUAUUCAAAAGCUUUUAUGCGUUAAAUUAAGUCGCAUUAGUCAGGAAGUGUUUGUUCGGGGAAGUGUCUAAGGACACAAAUAUUAGGGGAUAGACACGUAACUUGAACGCAGAUCAGUUUAAGGUUUUGGCUGCCUGGUAAUUUGCUGAUUGAGCACGCGACUUCUGCGUUUUUCUGCAGCAUAGAAAACGGAGCGUGCCAGGACACACAAGACAAAAUGAGUGCCUCCUCUUCUCAGAAUGUUGUACUGAGAAGCACCACCAAGCUGUCCCUGAAUGAGCGCUUCACUAACAUGCUGAGCAACAAGCAGCCCACGGCGGUCAGCAUCAGAGCCGGCGUGCAGCAACAACACACCGCCAGCACCCGAAACCGCCGGCUGGCCCAGCAGAUGGAGAACAGGCCCUCGGUCCAGGCGGCCCUGCAGCACAAACAGAGCCUUAAGCAGCGACUGGGGAAGAGCAACAUCCAUGCCCGGCUGGGGAAGCCCGUGGGGGCGCUGAGGGGCAUCCAGGGCGGGCGUGGUUUUGCGCUGGCAGGACUGCGAGGGAUGAUCCGUGGAGGACUACGAGGCCGUGGGCCCCGUGGGGCCCGUGGGACAGGCUUUGGGGGCACCCUGUCCCUAAGAGGAGCAGGCCAAAUACGUGGCUGGGGCACUGCAACGCGCCUGGGACUGCGUCGCGGGCUGAGGCAGCGUGGGAGCGUGUUCAGUCGCGGUGGGGCCUUUAGGGGCCGAGGAGCUUAUGGUAGCCUAGGAGAAAAAGGCCGUGGUGGUGUGACUGUGAGGGGUCGUGGUGGGUUUGGAGGCAGGGGUCGGGGUCGGGGACGGGGAAGGGGGGCCAGCCGCCCCGCGGUCACCCGAGAGCAACUGGACAACCAGCUGGAUGCCUACAUGUCAAAGACCAAAGGGCACCUGGAUGCCGAACUGGAUGCCUACAUGGCUCAGGCUGACCCUGAGGGGAUGGAGUAGAUGGAGGCGUCGCUAAACGAAGAUCCCCUGCGUGGCCGACACAGGAACUGUGUGUGAGUGCGUGCGUGCGUGUGUGUGCGUGUGUAGUCAAGCUGGUGCAUAGCCUGACUUGACCCAGACUGGCACCUGCUUGGUUUCUGCCGCCUGAUCUGACACCAAAUGGCCUGCGGCAGCAACUAACUGAAUCUGAAUGGGGACCUUGUGGAGGAGCAUGCUGCUACAGGAAGCGGCCAUUCUGAAUUAGCUAGAUGAGCUUCCUGGUCAAAGGGGGGUGCUAUGGCCUGCAAACUGGCCAGGCUGUUGAUCUCUCUCUCUCUAAUUUAUUUUUAUUUUUUCUAAUUCAAAACAUUAUGCUGUUAAGGGAUGUUUUUACAGAAUGGGAGAAACAUCAAGUACAAGCACCUCUGAUGUUUCUAUGCCGGAAUUACUGACUAUAGUUAAACGAAAAUAUGUUUCUUCUAAAGAGAGGUCUAGAAGGAUCUAGUCUUGCUUUUAAAUGUAUAAAACCUUUGGCUUACAGAAUUGGAUCUUUUUAGAUCCGAGUCCUGGUACUUGUUUGUUUUUUUCUUCUAUGCUGGCUUUUUUAGUUCACUCGGUAUCCUUUUAAUAUUUAUGAUUUUUUUAAAAGCUUUUUGAGAUUUUGUUUUGUAUCUAAGAAGGUAGUGCUUGCCCACUCAUACAUGUGCAAACUGCUGGUGAAGAAAACCAUAAACCAUGUCUGCAAACCUGACGAAUACCAAACGAUAAAUUGAUGCUAAUGCUAAGGUGCUGGAAUCAUUUUGGAAGCUUUAUUGGCACUCUUGAAACAAUCCUGUACUGUUCAAGUUAACGGGUCAUUUUCUAUAUGAUGCUGCAUCAGUAAUUUGUUUUAUUGACCUGAUGUAGUAUUUCUCAAAUCCAGACUACAGACAGUAAAUAUUCUACCAGAAUGCAAGAUGGAGGGGAAAUGCGAUUGACUUCUGUUUUUGUAUUUUGCAGAAAAUGUAUUUCAUUUUGUAUUGAAUUGUUUGUUCUGCUUGGUUUCAAUAAAAGUCAAGUAUUUCAAA